CAAACGGUCCGAACGACACACAGAAAUGCCUGGAGCUGAAAGAAAGCGAGUGUAGUUAGGGGCUCAUGGGAGUUGCAUAGGACAGUCGAGUCAGUUCUCAUUUAAAUAUCUUUAAAAGAAAAAAAUGUCCGCUUUUUAUGUGACAGGAGGUCCCAGUAGCCAGUACUAGCAAGGGCGAACGCUGAGUAAAGGCCCGAUCUUAACGGCCCCUUGUCUCCUUUUUUCAGCGCUGUCGCUCAGGCCAAGCGAGCCAUAGAAAACAGACUCUGCUCUAGAUUAGACAUUUGUGGUUGCUUUUAAAAAAUGACUAAUGUUUAUAUUUUCAGGCGAAAUUACGAAAAUUUUCAAUUGCAUUUGAAACCAUGUUUACAUCUGGAUUGUACAAUAAAAUAAACUUGAAUAAUUAGAUUGUAAUGAAAUCCUGUGUUGCGGUUGGCUGCUAACAGGACGCGCUGUGUGCUGCCCGUGUUUGCUAACUGGCUAGUUAGUGCACUAGCUAACCACGACUCGUUCUUCAGAGGUUAUCAUGGCUUUUUCGGCUUUAACACCCGCUGCUACACAUUUGUAAAUGCCCAGUGUACAUCAGGCAGUGUGUUUAUUUAUACGGGACUAACAAUAUUUAGCAAAGUUUGGUUAAAGCUGGCUAAACGAACAGAUAACCGCGAACUUGCUUAACCGCAUAGUUUUUUUGUUUUAACCGUUCGCUUUAACAAGGGUAACGUAUAGCUGUGCUUACGCUAAUGUGUCGUCCGUGUUUAUUUUAUUUAAAAGUUACACAAUAUUAUCAGAUGCAUCCGAGAUCGGGCCCCGUGUCCUUGUCGAAAAUGACCGUAAUUUUGCAUAUAUCUAAAAUUAUAUUAUAAAACAUGUUUGGAAGCACGUAUGAGUUUAAUUUGAAAUUCACAAGCAGACAAAUAACAAAGUGCUGGUUCCCACUAACAGAUCGGAUGUGUGAGAGUGAGACGCUAGCGGGUGGGUGGUUGUUGUAAAACCUGGGAAUGGCGUAUAGUGCUCCAGUACAUAACACCGCAUUUCCAUAUCAAAACACCCGGUUGUAUUAUGUUUUAUAUAGGAUGCCUUUUCCUUUUAGGUGUGAAUGCAUAAAACGUACUCAAAUGUAUCACGCAAUAAAUAGAGUAGAAAAAGUAGGGUAAAAAAUCAAAAUGGGACUUUUGUGAAUUUAAGUCUGUCUGCAAUCCUAAAAGUUUACAAAAACAUUGUAGUUGAUCUCCACAUUUUAAAUAUACUGUAUUUGGGGAAGUGGACCAAAUUGAUUGUUAGGCCCUGCCUAGGGCAUACACAAUUUUUUGUCUAAUUGAUGAGAAUAUUCCUUACCAAUUAAAAGGACCUUCCACUGACUGGAAAAUUAUACUAUUUCAUACACAAAGACAAUUGCUUUUUUAUUUUAAUAAAGAGAGAAGUUGAAAUUUCUGAACUUUAUGCUGCCUUUUUCCUAUAAAACAAAAGGUGUAUAUUCAAGGAUAUCAUGACCACUAAGCUCACAUCUUUUUACUCAAACAAUGCAAAUGUUUUUAUGGGGAUUUUUUGAUGUUUACAGUCCCAGUACGCAUUCACUUUGUCAGAUAACGACUUGAAAGUACAUAAUGAUUUCAUUUUGGGGCGAACUGUGGUUUUACCUGUUGAUUUAAUAUAUUCUACGUGUGUGUGCUGUUAUUUUUAGGUCAGUUCCUUCUCCCCGCUCAUAUAAUGCCCCAGUGUUGGCAGUGGCCACUUUGAAUAUGAUGGCUACCCAGUCAGCGUCCUUAGAGCAAUAUCAAGAGGGAGACCAGCAGAUGCAGGUGAUGGACCAGUCAGACAGUAACCCUGAAGAGGGUUUUGCCAAUGGAAACAUAGGAACAUCAAACAGCCCUGCAUCUACUGAACCACAGACGCAAAUGGAUGCUGACAAAGCCUCUAUAUAUAGACAUCCCCUUUUCCCUCUGCUGGCUCUGCUGUUUGAAAAGUGUGAGCAGUCUACUCAGGGCGCUGACUGUGCAUCUUCUGCAAGUUUUGACGUGGACAUUCAGAACUUUGUACGCAUUCAGGAGAAAGAGGGCAAGGCCUUCUUUAGUGAAGACCCUGAACUUGAUAGCUUGAUGGUCAAGGCCAUCCAGGUGCUGAGGAUUCAUCUAUUAGAGCUGGAGAAAGUUAGUGACCUGUGCAAGGACUUCUGCAGUCGUUACAUUACCUGCCUCAAGACCAAGAUGAACAGCGAGACACUGCUGAGUGGAGAGCAAGGCAGCCCGUACUCUCCGACCCAUGACCAGAUGUCCAGCUCUUUCUCAGGCACCUUUAGUCCACAGGGCAUUGUGGUGCCUACAUCAGGCCAUCAACAGGGCAAUGUUACCAUGGCAACAGUCAAUCCAUCACAGGGGGUGAUGGGUAACGCACUAUAUCAGCCAGUAACAGUCGUCACACCACAGGGGAAAGUUGUGACACAAGCCAUCUCACCUGGAACGAUACAUAUUCAGAACUCACAGCUUCAACUUCAGCUCAAUCAGGACUUGAGUUUCUUUGGUGUUGAUGACAGCUCACCUAAAAACAAACGCGGUGUUCUUCCCAAACAAGCUACCAAUGUCAUGCGCUCCUGGCUUUUCCAGCACAUUGCACAUCCCUAUCCUACUGAAGAAGAGAAGAAACAGAUUGCAACUCAAACUAACCUGACUUUACUGCAAGUUAAUAAUUGGUUCAUCAAUGCCCGUAGACGGAUCUUGCAGCCAAUGCUGGAUGCCAGCUGCUCAGAAACGCCCAAAACAAAGAAGAAAACUGCUCAGAGUCGCCCCCUACACCGCUUCUGGUCGGACUCCAUCGCCUCUUCUGGAACCCAACAGCAUCUAACAAUGCCAGAUGGUAGUUUGGUUACAGUUGGGAUGAACGUAGAUGGCUUCCAAGCGCUUUCAUCAGAUGGUGCAACUCUUGCCAUGCAACAGGUUAUGAUGGGAAAUCACAGCGAGGACGAAUCGGAAGAAAGCGACAAUGAAGAAGGCGACACAGAUUUGUCAUCUGCCAACAUGACUGGGUUGGGUUUAGAUGUUACUGACUAAGCUACGUGGAUUGCAGAACACACACUGCAUGCUUGCAUAGAUUUUCAGCCAAGCUGAUACUUGUGCACUACAAAAAAAACAUUUAGAGUACUGUAUGUGGGCUUUUUACAAUACACAAACACACAUGAACAGUUUACAGACAGCACAAUGUCACGCAAGGGUGUGGUGUGUGUGCAUUAUAGCGCCUGUUUUUAUUGCAUAGCUGUGCAGGUAAGUGCACUUUUAGGUAUGAGAUACACUUUGUGAAAAUAGACAGAAAAUGCAAGUAAACACACUGAGGCAAGUUUUAAACUCCUUUAGUAUUUGUUUUCUGUAUUAACUAAGUUGAAUGCCAAGAUUUGAGAGUUUGUGCUGGUUUGUGCUGGUUUUAUUCACACUGCAUGCUAAUGUUUGUUCACUACUAUUGAGAGCAUCUGCAAGACAGAGUCUGAGGACAAAAGAGAUUCUUAUUUUUAUAUAUGAGCAUUGUAUAAACAAAGUGGGUUUUUUUUCUUUUUUGUUAGUUUGUGUUUUAUAAGGAAUAUUUAUGUACAGAAACAUAGCUAUGUGCCCUACUUUCAAGGGAUGAUUUAAAUUUUUUAGGAAAAAGGGAAAAAAAGAUGUUGGACUUAAAAAACAUUUUUAAUAUUUAAAUUGGUUUUAACACACUUACAAAAUUGCCUUACAUCUUUUGUAAAACUAUUACACUAAUAAGCACAGAAAGCCUAAUGCAUUGACUAUAUUCAGUAAUGAGUUGUAGUAUCUUCCAGUUUAUCGUCCUAGCUGAAUAUGUUUCUUCGUUUCAGAGGGGGCUCUUUGUUUUCGCUCUAGGACAAUGUAUAUUUGAUCUAACACACAUAAUGCUUCCAAAAUCAAACAGAUCUGUUAAAAAUGCUUUGGAAUGAAAGGUGGCAUAAAAUGUCUUUUUUAAGGUCAAGUUGCCACAACACUGUACAUUCUCUGUUGCUUUUUGAGAAUUGUUUAAGGACGGUAGAAGUACAGUAGUGUUUCAUAUUAAAAAGUUUUGCAACAUUGAAAA